AAUUUGCGAAAGUGCCAGUCUGUGCCUGGUUCCACCGAUUUGUCGAUCGUUGCUAGAAACAAAAGGGUUACCACACCGUCUCAAUAUCAUUUUAACUCUUUUACAUUAUAAUUUAGAUAUUUGCAUUAAGAUUUUACGAUGUUUUCUUCGAUGAAUGGGAUUUACAAUGUAAAAAAAUGUGGUGUGCAGUUCAGUCCUCCGUGCGUGAUCCUGAUUUACGAAGACACCCUAUCGUGCAAGCUUCGCCGCAGAAGUAUGCCCGUGAGGAACUUUUCCAAGAGCUCAGAUGUUUCGCUGGCGGCAAAAUCAAUCAAAGACAGGCACAAGCGCUACAUGGAACCUGUUUCACAGAUUAUCGUCGAGAAAAUGCUUCGACUGAUACAGGAAAACAUGAAAGGCGUUGGGUUGGAAGAUUCUUUGUUGGUGGUCGAGAAGGAAUACGAAGUCAAUCCCGAGGAAGACCUGAAUAAACUGGAAACUGAAGACCUGGACCGUAAAAAAGCAAUAAUGGACGUGACUUACAACAAGAGCAAAGUCAGCCCAAGCGAUCCGAGUUUUGAAUAUGACAAAAGAGCUGACUUUGUGGCAGAAAAGCCUUCAGAGUGGGAUGAAGACGAAAAUGAUUUUGCUCUGGACGAAAUUCCUGUACUUGACCAGGAAGAGGAUGAAGUGGAAAAAGUUCAAUCUUCCUGUGACGAUUUAAGCAAGUCGGAGGAAAUCUACAUAGCCAAGAUUGAAUCGGACGAACAGGAAAAUUUAGGGGCAGAUGAAAUUUUAGACAGUCUGGAAGACAAAGACCCAAAGCUAAACAUCAAGUUUGACGUGACAGAAUUAGAAAACGAGCUUAGGGUCGAUGACGCAGAUGACUUUUGGAGCUGAUUACAAAUUUAAAAUUAAAGCUUUUUAAUGUUAAAAGCAAUUUUAAUACAGGACUGUUCUUAAUCCAAAGUUAAAAAAUUUAAUAAAAAUUGUUUCAUGCCUUAAUUAAUUUUUAAUGCGUAAAUUUCCAACUUAAAUUGUAUUAUUUACAAACUUAAUUUGUAAAGAACCGGGUUUUUGUGUUAAAAUUACAUAACAUCCUCUCUCUUCCCACUAGAAUGGUCAGUCUUUUCUACUUCGACGGUUGCUCUUCUAUUGGAUGUUUCCACGAUUCUAUUUUCUUUUCCAAAAGUUUAGCUCCCUAAGAGUA